GAGCGAGGAGGCAACAACUCCUUCACCCAUGAAGCCCUCACGCUCAAGUACAAACUGGACAAUCAGUUUGAGCUGGUGUUUGUGGUGGGAUUCCAGAAGAUCCUGACUCUAACCUACGUGGACAAGUUGAUAGACGACGUCCAUAAAGAGUUUCGAGACAAGUAUCGCAACGAGUUCCAGCAGAAAGGUGCUCUGGGCCUCCUAAAUGGAACCUUUGAUUUUAAAGACGACUUCAUGCGCCUCCUCCGGGACGCGGAGGAGAGCAGCAGAGUGCGAGCUCCCACCGUGAUGAAGACGUUUGAGCAGUCUCUGAAAUCCCAGAAGACUGUCAAGUGUAUGAUUGAAACCCGAGGGGAGAAACCAAAGGAGAAAGUCAAGAACAAGAAGAAUAAAGGUUCCAAAAAGGAGGGAGCUGAAGCUGUCCCAGCACCCAGCAAAGCAUCCACGGGGGACAAGCAGCUCUCAGCAGCAGGAGACAAGGAAGAACUGACCAAGGAUGAAAUCCUGCAAAAGAACCGGGAAGAAUUCUUCAGGAGACACAUGAAAGCUGGGGAGAAGUCCAGAUCUCCAAAGCCUGACGCACAGAAGGAGAAAGGGAAGAAGCCCCGAGUGUGGGAUCUGGGGAACUCCAAUGCCAAAGUACUGGAUUACAGUAAUUCCGCUACCAACGGCAGCGCCGAGGCCUGUCCUGUGGAGGAGUUUGACCCUGACAUGGCCCUGGGGGACAGGAACCGGGAGCCAGGUCGCCUCUACGACCUGGAGUACGAGAGUGAUGACGAAGCUGAGGAGGAGAAGGUUGUCCAGAACCCUUCCAAACCCAGCGCGAAGAAGGGUGGCCUGGGGGGCAUGUUUGGCAUGCUGAAGGGCCUGGUGGGCUCCAAGAGCUUGACCAGAGAGGACAUGGACCCUGUGCUGGAGAAGAUGAAGGAUCACUUGAUCGCUAAAAAUGUGGCAGCUGAGAUUGCAGUGCAGCUCUGUGAAUCCGUGGCCAAGAAACUGGAAGGGAAGGUGAUGGGAACAUUCACCACGGUGACCUCAACGGUGAAGCAGGCGCUGCAGGAGGCUCUGGUGCAGAUCCUGCAGCCCCAGCGCCGUGUGGACGUGCUCCGCGAUGUCAUGGAUGCUCAACGCCAUCGCCGACCCUACGUCGUCACCUUCUGCGGCGUCAACGGUGUCGGCAAGUCCACCAACCUGGCCAAGAUCUCAUUCUGGCUGAUCGAGAACGGCUUCAGCGUGCUGAUCGCGGCGUGCGACACGUUCCGCGCUGGCGCGGUGGAGCAGCUGCGCACGCACACGCGGCGCCUCAACGCGCUGCACCCCCCGGAGAGCCACGGCGGG